AGGAUCGAGGCCAUCAAGCUACAGAUGGUUUUACAAAUGGAACCACAAGUAAGCUCAACUAACAACUUCCACCGAGGACCCCUGGACCAACCCAUUGGCCCUUUGACUGGCCUAAAGAGUUCCCUUCUGAAGGACACUACAACUGCAGGGCCCCUUCUUCACCCCUAUACAGCAGGAAGUGGCUAGAGAGGUCAUCACCCAAUUCCCAACAGCAGUUGUGGUGUCCUGUUUAGAUGGGGGAUUGAGAGGUGAAGCCAGCUGGACUUCCUGGGUCAAGUGGGGACUUGGAGAACCUUUCUAUCUAGCUAGAGGAUUGUAAAUGCACCAAUCAGCACUCUGUGUCUAGCUAAAGGAUUGUAAAUGCACCAAUCAGCACUCUGUAAAAAUGCACCAAUCAGCACUCUGUAACUAGCAAAAGGGUUGCAAAUGCACCAAUCAGCACUCUGUAAAAUGGACCAAUCAGCACUCUGUAAAGUGGAACAAUCUGCAGGAUGUGGGCUGGAACAAAUAAUGGAAUAAAAACGGGCCACCCCAGUCAGCAGCGGCAGGGAACCGCUCAGGUACCCUUCCACACCGUGGAAACUUUGUUCUUUCCCUCUUGAUGAAAAAUCUUGCUGCUGCUCACUCUUUGGGUCCACACCACCUUUAAGAGCUGUAACGCUCACCACAACGGUCUGCGGCUUCAUUCUUGAAGUCAGCGACACCACAAACCCACCGGAAGGGAGAAACUCCAGACACAUCUGAAGGAACAAACUCCAGACGCACCAUCUUUAAGAGCUGUAACACACACUGUGAAGGUCCGUGGCUUCAUUCUUGAAGGCAGUGAGACCACGAACCCUCUGAAAGGAACCAACUCUGGACACAGCAGGACGUGAGACUUCUACCUGCUCACUCAGAAUCAUUUCUGCACCAACCAUGGCCACUUUUGUGGAGCUCAGUACCAAAGCCAAGAUGCCCAUUGUGGGCCUGGGCACUUGGCAGUCUCCUCUCAGCAAAGUGAAAGAAGCGGUGAAGGUGGCCAUUGAUGCAGGAUAUCGCCACAUUGACUGUGCCUAUUUCUAUCAGAAUCAACAUGAGGUGGGGGAAGCCAUCCAAGAGAAGAUCCAAGAGAAGGCUGUGAAGCGGGAGGACCUGUUCAUCGUCAGCAAGUUGUGGCCCACUUUCUUUGAGAGACACCUUGUGAGGAAAGCCUUUGAAAAGACCCUCAAGGACCUGAAGCUGAGCUAUCUGGACGUCUAUCUUAUUCACUGGCCACAGGGAUUGAAGACUGGGGAUGACUUUUUCCCCAAAGAUGAUAAAGGCAUUGUGAUCGGUGGAAAAGCAACAUUCUUGGAUGCCUGGGAGGCCAUGGAGGAGCUGGUGGACGAGGGGCUGGUGAAAGCCCUUGGGGUCUCCAAUUUCAACCACUUCCAGAUCGAGAAGCUCUUGAACAAACCUGGACUGAAAUAUAAACCAGUGACUAACCAGGUUGAGUGUCACCCAUACCUCACGCAGGAGAAACUGAUCCAGUACUGCCACUCCAAUGGCAUCACCGUUACGGCCUACAGCCCCCUGGGCUCUCCAGAUAGACCUUGGGCCAAGCCAGAGGAUCCUUCCCUGCUGGAGGAUCCCAGGAUUAAGGAGAUUGCUGCAAAGCACAAAAAAACCGCAGCCCAGGUUCUGAUCCGUUUCCAUAUCCAGAGGAACGUGAUUGUGAUCCCCAAGUCUGAGACACCAGCACGCAUUGUUGAGAACAUUCAAGUCUUUGACUUUAAAUUGAGUGAUGAGGAGAUGACAACCACACUCAGCUUCAACAGAAACUGGAGGGCCUUGGCCCUUGAGGAAUUCUCUCAUUUGGAGGACUAUCCCUUCCAUGCAGAAUAUUAA